AUGUCUGCAGUCAGCUCCCUCUCGGCGGACGAAUAUGCUAGGACUGCAUUUAAUCUGAGAGUGGCCAAAUCGUAUUCUUUGGCGUCAUGUGUUAUGCUUUUCUACGACAUAAUGCUGACGUUUGGGGAGGAGGUUGAGACGAUAUGGAAGCAACCGAGAUGGUCGCAUAUGACUUUGCUAUUCGCUUUGAAUCGCUACCUUACGCCACUUGGGUAUAUCGUCAUCAUCGUCUCAUUCCACCAACCAUGGUCGACAAGCGUGUGCGAUCGAUACAUCCUCUUCCCUGAAGCCCUGAAGAUCGUAACAGCAACCGUGAUCGGCAUCGUUUUUGUGUUACGAGUACACGCCAUAUAUGGGAGGAACAUGGUAGCCACCACCCUGGCAUCUAUGUUGCUCAUCACGGAAUUGGCGGUGAAGAUCUGGGCUUUUACGGACGGCACCAGGUUACAACUCCCGGAAGGCUUGGUCGGGUGCAUUUUGGUUGGGAAACAACAUACUCGCUUUGCCUUUACCUGGAUCGCCGAGUUGGGUUUUGACUCCGCAAUCUUCCUCAUGACAUUGUGGGGAACUUUCUCAUAUUACCGGGUACAGAGAGGAAACCCAGAAUCCCUAUAUGCCCUGGUAGUCAGAGAUGGGAUCGUUUAUUUCGCCAUCAUUUGCGGGGCGAACGUUAUUACUGUAUCAUUCUUCUUGGCCGGGGCGCCCGAUAUCAAGGCCAUCAAUGCAAGCUUUAGCACGCUGUACAAUAACAAGUUUAAUGGUUUCAAGGCUGAUCCUGAAUUUACGAACCGCGGGCGGACGUACACAUGUCUCCCACGUAAGCACAGUCGGGCGUCGGGCACAUGCUCCCUCUCGAAUCCAGUUCGAAACGGGGACAGUGGGAAAGGAUACGAUCAUCGAUUGUGA